ACUGGUACUGGUACUGGUCCGUACCGCUCGUGUGUGCUCCAUAUGUGUGUGCUAGCGCCCAUUAUCUAAACGGUUUUUGGGGUUUGGUGAAUGAUGAAUGCCAGCGGCUAGACGGAGCGCACACAAAAAUUCCAAGCGCCCAGCGAACGGAUACGGAUCAAGCUCCCCGAGUUAGCCAUCUAGUCGUCCAUCUAGUCCACAUCGAGCAGAGUCCGCGUAGCCGCACAUUGGUACAGCCAGCUAGAUGGCAACCUCAGCGAUCGGCGGGGCGGGCGUGGGCGUGGCUGCCUCCGGUCCAGUGCGACGACCCACCGCCAGAGCCACCGCCGGAAUCCAGAGACGCAGGGUGGUCAAGAAGCACAUCCAGCAGAAGUACAUGCUCUGCGGCUUCGCCAUACACGCUUUCCUGGCCACUCCCGCCUAUCUGUACGGGAACGUGGUGGAGUCCGACAAGGAUCUGGUGUUGAGGAUCUGGCCGGCGAUCGUUUACCAGGCCACCGGCGAGCUCUGCCGCUCGAUCAUGGAGCACUUGGACACAGAGUACAGUGGCAGAUCGAGGGAGACGACCCAGUACCGACGGGUCUUCCUCCUGGCCACGCUCAUCGCCUGCGUAUCGCUGAUGGUCAGCGGGAUCCUGUUCUCCUCCGCCUGGAUCGUGGUCACCACCACCACACAGGUGGUGGCCAUUGUCUUCUACGGAUUCUUUGCAGGUAUCGGUUCCAGCUUGUACCUGUGGAAGACGCACGUCAUCCUGGAGGCAGUGCGUCCGCGGGAGGACAAGUACGUCCGCAAGACGAUCCACCUGUGCGGCGAGGCCUUCUGCCAGCUGUUCCUCUCGUUCGUGUUCACCAGCCUGCGCACCCUGUACGGCACCGCCCAGUCCAUCGUGCUGAUGUCCGCCCUGCUGGUGAACCUCAUCCCGCUGAGCCUGAUCAUUACCAAGCAUCGCGAGGAUGCCUUCACCACGAAGCGGAUAUCGGUGAUCAAGGCGGAGACGGGAUUUGCUGCACUGCCGCUGCGAGCCGCACUGGCGGCCAACUUGGUGGCUGACCAGCUGGACGGAUUGGACACGCUCUCCUGGCGGAAUCCGGCCACCACCGAAAUGGCCACGCCCAGUGGUGCCGUCGCCGCCGCUGUGGUGGUGGACACGCACAGCAACUACAUGCUGGCCACCGAUGAGGCGUACGUGACGUAUGUGAAUCCCAAUGGGGUCGAGAUCAUGGAGAUCAUACCCGAGGAGGACGAGACGGUGUCCAUGAUGCGGUCGAGUAAUGCGACCAUCGACAAUUACGCCAUGUCCGCCUCGCAGAUGUCGCACAAGUCCCUGUCCAAUGGACGUCUCUAUCCACUGACGCCCCAGCAUCCUGUGGGCACGGGAACGGGAACUGGAACUGGUACAGGUAGCUCCUCACCCCUACCUCCCGACUAUGCCAACCUGCGUCGCAUCCGGCGGAUGUCGCGUGCGGUGACCACGCACCUGUGGUGGAAUCUGCUGGACAAGAUCGCCAUGCCGCUGCAGCAGGCGCUGCUGGUGCCGCAGCUGUAUGCCACCACGCUGCUCCUCUCGGCGGACAUCUUCAGCUACGUGAUGUGCCUGACGGUGCUGCCCGGACUGGCGGUCAGCCACCAUGCGCUGAAGAACGCCGAGAUCCCGUUCCUCUUCUCGCUGCUGGCCUUCCCAUGGAUGUGCUUCUCGCUGAUGACUCCCCGCUUCGGCACGAGCCUCUAUAAGCGGAAGCUCCAGUGGCACACGCUGGGCAGCAUCUGCAAGUGCCUGGCGCUGAUUUGUGAGUCUUGUGAUACGCAUUUCAAGCUUUCCCCGGCCAUCAAUAGAUCCUUCUUUUGUUUCGCCCCCAGUCAUCAGCUUCUCCACCUCCAAGCUGCUGCUCAGUGUGUCCGCCGUGCUGCUGGGAUUCGGCCAGGUGGUGACCGCCUUUCUGCAGGAGCUGGUCUUCCAGAUGGGCAUGACGCGGGCCAACUGGACGGCCAUCCGCCGUCCGGUGCACUUCACCAACGGCCUGCUGGUUCUUCUCUGGGGCGCGCUGGCCCACUGGGUGGUGGAGCGGUACUCCUUCCAGGCCACCGUGGGACUGGCCGGCGCGCUCUACGGAGCUACCACGCUGCUCUGGAACUUCCUCUUCUUCUGCUGCCAGAGCAAGGAUUGAGGGACUGAAGAAUUCGCGCACUUUCACACAACAAGGCAUCGUGUGUGUGUGUGUGUGUGUGUGUGUCCUGCUGCUGUGGCUGACGUUGUUGUUGUAUUUGUGCAGUGAUAUUAAUAAAUAAAUAUAUAAACUAUAAGCAAGCAACAUAAAUUUAAACUUGAAUCUAAUAAGCUAUCGAUAAAAGUACUAUCAAUUCGAAAAAAGAAUGGAAUGCUGGCCGUUAAAAUAUCCCUAAUGAUCUUCUUUUUACAGAAGCCUUUAUUUUUCCAUUAAACUGCGAGACUACUGUACUUUGGAAAUGUGGACGUACAUACAUAUGUAUAUGUAAAAGCGUUUUUUUUCAAUUAAAAUAACUU